AUGACAGAGUCCUCCCUUCUCACCACGCAUCCCACGCCUACCCACUACCCGGUCACCGCCGUUCCCUCUCUGGCCUCUCCCUUAGCCAAUGGCUCUCCCUCAGACACCAAUCUACAAGACGAGGAGGAAUACACCAUCAAGUGCAUCUGUAUCUACGCAGAUGAUGAUGGUAACACCGUAUACUGCCCUAAAUGCGACACCUGGCAGCACAUCGAGUGCUACUAUCAUGGCAAAAAGGUGCCUGAAGAGCAUUUUUGCGCAGACUGUUCCCCUCGAGAUCUUGACGCAAAGAAGGCCACUGAGCGACAGCGCAGACAUCGAGAGGCCCUCGACGGCGGUGACCGGAAGGUCAAGCGACCAACCUCGAAAACACAGAAAAAGAAACACAAGGAGGCGAGUGCGACGGCCGAACAGGUAAAUGGCUGGCAUCAUGAUCGCCAUGAAUCUGUUGUCAGUGCAAGAGAUGGGCCUCCUGCGAAGAAACCAAAGACCAGCCACCGCACCUCGGGUUCUGUCGUCUCAACAAACGGCGAAACUCGAAAACGCGCCACUUCCACAGUUCAGUCAUACCCCAGUCCUUCGAAAUCGCCCCAGGAUCUCUUCCGUUUUCCUGCCAUUCCCACGUAUACCACUGAUUUCCUUGAACUUUAUGACCGCGACGAGGGAAACACGAAUGCUCGGGAUAACGAGCAGACAAUCCAGGCUACCAAUACACUCUUUGCAUGGCGGAAUGACCCGUCUUUGGUGGUCAGCAGUCCCGGGCAACAGCCAACAGCGAAAUCUCCCUUUGUACGUGCCAAUCACAGCCUGGAUCAAAGCACUUGGCCAGAAGUCUCGGUAGAAACCAUCCAGAAGAAAGAGGUAGAAUACGAAGGCAGGUGUCCCACAUGGCGCUUUUUGCGCGUGCAAUCCCCCGUGAAGAAGGACGAAAUUGUUGGCGAAGUUCGUGGUCAGGUCGGCAUGCUGGAAGAGUACUGUCAGCAGAAGUCUUCGUCGAACAGAUGGCAAGAGUUGAGGCACCCGGACCCGUUUGUCUUCUUUCACCCGCACAUGGACAUCUACAUUGAUAGCCGCAAAUCUGGGACUCGCUUCCGGUAUCUGCGACGGUCUUGUCGACCCAAUGUCACCCUGAAAACCUUUGUUUCCGACAACGAGACUCAUCAUUGCUUUGUCGCUAGCAAGGAUAUUCCGGCCGGUGCCGAACUCACCACCAUGUGGUUUCUCGACUCGGCAAAUUUCGCUGCUGAUGAUUCUGAACAAGCCCAAAUUCGACGCCUCGACUGGGUCAGCCGUGUCCUGGCGAAUUUUGGAGACUGUGCCUGUGACGCUGGUCAAGCCUGUUUACUUGCGCCGUUCGAUCGAAGGUAUCCGGCCAAACCGGUGGAAAGUGCUCCGAAGGAAAAGGGAGGCAGGAAAAAGAAAAGUAAGAUGAACCAUACCAUCUCGCCCUUCAGUACUGGACAUGCCACCAACAGUCGCGCAGGAAGCGAACCCAAGGUGCUCGAAGACGAAGACCAAUUCGAUCAUCGGUCAACCUCGGAAUCUUCUCGGAGCGGCAUGCUGAGCAGAGAUAUUACUCCAGUCAACGUUGCAUCUCUUGACGCCGACCCGGUCCUUGGAAACGGCCUGACUGCUCGGGAAUUACGCAAAAUACAAAUGGCGGAGAAAGCGUUUGCACAGCGGGAACAAGAAAAGAAGGAUCAAAAUGGACAAGGCCAGCAGCGGAAAAAGAAACGCACAAGCGGCGGUUCAACCUUGAACACCCCGAAUGUGAGUGCCUCGAAGCCACCAGGACAUCAAAUCACGUCGCACCCCAAUACGCCCAACAACCACCCUCUCAAGUUCAGUGACGCCUCGCUAGGCUCGCCACCGCCACCCAGAGGUUCUGCGGGUCGAGGUAAAUCCACGGAUGCCACCGCCAGGGUAGAGACGAGAAUACCGCGACCUGUAUAUGUCAGUGUUGCAGUUCAGACAGACGCAGAAGAAUCCGAAGUGCCCAUGCUUCCCCCUGCGAAGAGGAGGAAAUUCUGCACGCCCACACAGCGGUUGCUCAGAAGACUUCUGGACGACCGGGUCAAACAUGAGCAGCAAUGUCCUGCACCAGGCUUUCCCGCCUCAGGCCCGAACCACCAUCCGCCUGAGCAUAAUGCAAAGACGGAUGAUGUGGAAAUGGUAGACGCCACUGAAAACGUGGAUAACCGAAGUGUCAUGGAGGCCGAGCCGGACGCGCAGUCUCCUUCAGGAAGCAGCAGCCCUGUCACCGUGGGCGCCACGACGUAUCCUCUCCCUUCACAGGCGGCACACACGUUUAAAGCCUUCCGAACUUCCCCUGCUCCGAAGCUGCACCUGGCAACUCUGCCACCAGUCCCGGUCUUUCCGACGUCGGCAAAUUCUGCUUCAUCGUCCUCUACUACGGUGACGACUCCUGGCCUGACGACGACAGCGACAGCACAGUCGCCCAUCCCAUUCAACUCGGCGUCCUCCAACUCAUACUCCGUACCGAUCAAUCCUGUUGUCACCCCUAGCCCUGCGCGGAAGAAACUCAGUUUAGGAGACUACAUGAGUCGUCGUCUGGCGUCCACGCCUUCCGCUGAGAAGUCCCAGGCUCAGGCGAUUCUGGGCCCAGGCGAGACUGAACUUUCCAAAACGCUGGCAGAAGCGGGACAACACUCGCCUGGGACCAUCGACCCGGGGUUCGGGAAUGCGCAAACCGCCGAGCCGGCUGCUCACCAGAGUACUCCCGAGGCGGGGCUUUCGAGUGGUAUAGUCAAGGACACUCCGAUGAAGGAUGCCGAAGGACCGGCAAACAGCCCUCCUGACAGGUUGGCGCAGGGUUCAAUGGCUGCUUCAUCUCCGACCAAGAUCACGAGUGCUUUACCACCAUCGGAUGGAACGAUUGGCAUACCGAAAGAGAUGUCGACGGUCCUGGCCCAGGUGGCGCCAUCGAGGGGUGUGCGUUAA